AAAAAAAAAAAAAAAAAAAAAAGGGAAAACUGGAUGGGAGCAAUGGUGAUGUUAAAACUAGAAUAUCUUUUUCUGAGAAUUUUCUAUUAGGGCUAGACUUGGCUUAACAGAAAAAGAAAAAAAAAAUGGGACGAAGGAAGGUAGAAAUAAAGAGAAUCCAAGAUAAAAACUCUAGGCAAGUUGCUUUUUGUAAACGAAGAAAAGGCCUAUUGAAGAAAGCCAAAGCACUCUCAAUUCUGUGCGAUGUUGAUGUUGCUGCUGUUAUCUUCUCCAAUAGUGGCAGGCUCCACGAAUUCUCCAACACUAACAGUGUGACAGGGAUACUUCAACGAUACAAAAGCCAUGUCGAAGCAGAAAAAGAGAUCUCAGCAGAAAUCCAGGUCGCAGAGCACUCAAAAUACUCAAGGUUUAUGACAGUGGGAGAACUGUUACAAAGAACAGAAAGGCAACUUGAGGAAACUAAUGCUGAUGGUCUCACUGUGACUGACCUUAUCCAUUGGGAAAACGAACUUCAAACAGCUAUAAUACAAAUCAGAUCCAGAAAGACAAAUAUGAUGCUUGAAUCUGUUAAGGGUCUUCAUAAGAAGGAAAAACAGCUGCUAGAGGAAAACAAAUUUCUGGAGGACAAUAUAGCUAGGAUCAAGAAAAACAGAAAAAAGAUGGCUACGGAUUUCACUGACCUUCCACCACCCCACAUAAUUUGUGGACAACAGAGAGUGACCCUCAAUUUCUUCUAGUGAUUUUGUCAAAUAGGCUUGCUGUGGCUCCAGGCGAAUAACCUGCAAAGGAUGGUUCCUGUAUUUACUAUCACGUCGUACAUGAAAUAAGGAAAAGUAAGGUGUCUUCGGAAAUAACUAACAAUAUUGUGCAAUUUCAGUAAAAUUCUUUGAGCCGAGGAUGUCUCGGAAACAGCCUCUCUACCUUUUCAAGAUAGGGGUAAGGUUUGCGUACACACUACCUCCCCAGACCCUACUUGUGGAUUUCACUGGGUUUGUUGUUGUUGUUAUUGUGCAGUUUCAGUAGAACUAAUUGUUCAUCUGUAUGACCGUGUAAUUGAAAAGGUGAAGAUGAACUUUGGCCCUC